AUGGAAGGCAAUAACAUCGCUGCGAACGUCGCGGCGGUGGUCGCCGCGUCAGAGCACGCUCUGGCGGCGGCCUCCAAUGCCCCGAUCCCCGCGACCGCUCCUCCAGGGUAUCGCCCACUCACACCGGUCGAACUCUUUGUUGUAAUGAACCGCAUGGCCAAAGCCGCCACCGCCUCAGAACGCGAGGCCGCGGAAAAGGCUUACAUAAGGUUCUUACAGUACGACCUCGCCGCCGCACUGCCAGGCGCAGCCAGUGAAGAGGCCAAGGUACCGCCGGGAGCCCCGCCAGGCGUGUCCACGCAAGAGGACACUGCACUGCCGGAGGCGGCCCCGAAGGGAGCGGAGCCACCAGGCGUGGCGUCUCAUGCACCCACUGCCCUGCUGGCUCCCCCCACGGUACAGGCCAGUCAAGAGGCUGCUGACCUGCCAGCAGCACCUCACGAGGACGUUAUUCCAGAAGCCAACCUGGAAAAAUUAAUCCACGAUGGCGAGGCUAUGGAAGUCUCACUCCCAUCGCGAAAAAGGCCGGCGGACGACGAUGAGUCGUCCGAAAACACCCCUUCUUCUGCCCACAGGAUGCCGCAGCAGAAGAAGAAGCAAACCGCGCCUGAAGGCGCCACAGAAGACAUUGAAGCCGCAGAGGAGGAAGAAGAUGAGUUUGUCGUCCCCAAGCGGAAGCACACGGCUAGGGCAAGGAAGCUCGAGCAGGUGCAGCCGCUCCCGACGGCAAACUCGUUCGAGUCCGCCCAAAUCGACACAGAGGCUACGGAGGAAGCGCCAAGGCCGCCCAAAAGGGUGGCCCCACCACCAAUCAAUGUCCUUUGGAAGGACACCUUUCGAGCCUUCCUAGAAAAAUUCUCUGAUGGUGUGUCUGCACCACCCAAAAUAAAGUCCCUUGGGCGCGAGAUGUUGCGCAUCACACCUGCAAACAUGGACGACUACCGCGCAACCAUGAGCGCCGCGGACGCGGACGUGGAACGUCACGCCCAGUCCAGCAAGGCACCAGCUAUGCCACAGCCGCAAAAGGCGCGGCCCCAGCCCACCAGGAGCGACAGCAAGCACCCCCAGACGCCACGAACAAGCCGGCUGCCACAAACCAGUCACCAGCAGCCCAGCCAGGCCCCACACCACCCGCAACAAGCACCAAAGACUGCAGUCAGGGCCCACUGCGUCCCACCCCCAGCUCCCCACACCAAACAUAUUGCUGAGCUGACGCAGGAGCUUCGCUCAGCCAAGGCAGCUUCCGCCACAGCGGUCGACACCGCCAGCCAGACGACUCCUCCUCGAGAGAAGAAGUUUGCGACGGUGGCCACGCAGACCGACGUGCCUGCCGAAGGGGAGGCAACACUGCCCAAGACGGACGCAGAAGCAGAAGCGCAAGAAGAAGGGUGGGAAGAAGUCCCAUUCCUCCCGCUUCCCGACAUGUACAGCGCAAGCGCUGUGACGCGGAAGAUAGCUGCAUCGCUUCGCGAUGGUACAUAUCCCCACCACGACAACCCUUAUCCCUUCGUUCCUCCUAACCUUUCUAAACCUUCACCUCCACACCAACCAAUCGAAUAUCCAGAAGGCCUUGUUGGUCUUUCCAAGGAGGAUUACGAUCUGAUCAAUUCCUUCCCAAUUUUCACAGAGUGGCAAAUGCGCUACGUCAUCUUCGCUCUCGUCCACGGAGAGUAUGAGAAAGCUGGAUACACUGUAUCCACUAUCCCAACCGAGGGAGAGCCCUCAAGUAGGAAGAAGAAGAAGAAAAGUCGUCACACCGACAAAUGCAGAAAAUAG